AUGGAUAUCACCAGCCAUGCUGCUGCACGCAGCCCGCUUACCUUGGCAACGCUUCCGCCAGAGAUUCUGAUGGGCAUCGUCGAGUGUCUCAUUCCAACUCCGCCUGAAAUCGGCGAGACAGGCCCUGUCGCCCUCGCGCAGAUGUUUGAAGGCGAGCCAUGGUAUGAGUUCAUUCUGUGCCGUCGCGCCCUUGCCAGUCUCUGCCUCGUCACGAGGACCUUUCGUGAAAUGGCUCACCCCCUCCUCUACCGCGUCAUCGCCAUCACCAACCCACGAACCAUGCUCCUUCUUUUCCGCACCCUGGCUGAGUUUCCACACUACGGAUUACACACCCGCUUUCUCUCAUGUCACAUCACACUGACCCGCAACAAUGUCAUCCGCGGGGUGAAAGAAGCGAUGCAUGAGCAGCUCGGCAGGUUCAAGCCAUCCGACGCCCCCGGAGUCAUUGCCCAGUACGUCCGCAACUCAAUCAUGCAGGCAGGUUCAGUCUGCAGUCACUGGAUGCAGCCUUACUAUGACGGUCUGCCUCAAAAUAUCUUCUCCAUGAUCCUCGCCAGCUGCAAGAGGGUAGAGACGCUUCUCCUAGAGGUCCCCAUCUGUGACGAGGACGGCGAUUACAACAUCCUGUUUCACAAAAUGCACGGCGACUUACAUGAGUUCGACCUGGCUCGCGACCCUAGCGUGAAAGAUGAAGAGCGCCCUUACCAACACAUUCAUACCCUCCUCUUGCAGGGUGACACCGAAAUGAUCAAGCACCUCGAGAUCGACGAGUGUGACUGCGACAUCCCAGACAACUACGGCGUCAAAUGCAACACCUACUUCCCCCUGUUUGCGGCUCUGCCCAAGCUCGCCACGGUCGAAGUCACCUGCGACAGCGGCGACUGGACCAACCCCAUCGUCAACCUCAACCAAAACAUCAUGGCCAGGCUUCAUGCCAUACAUCCUGGCUCUACCCAGUUUUACAAGACAAUGGCCUCCCUCCCUCCAGACCACCCUUACCUCGGCGGCAUCAAGCACAUCUACCUCCACAACAGCAUGGUAAUGCCUCACCAUCUUCACUACCUGUUGAAGUUCGCCCCUUACCUGGAGACACUGUACGUAACCCCUCGCCGGAUCGAAGACGACGGGCCGGUAAGGUGGCCCCGCGUUCACGGCCCAGAGGAGGAAGACCACGAGUCGCUCAACCUGGGCUUGCAACAAUACGGCAAGAAGCACCUCAAGAACCUCGAUGUCGGGUGGACGAGCCUCAAGAACAUGGAGAAGCUUGUCGGCCCAGAAGGGAGGAUCAUUUGCCUGCCCGAGCUUAAAAACCUGGAGAAGCUGUGCAUUCAGCUCGAGACGCUGUACGGAAACAUGAAGAACGCGGCUGUUCUCCCUCUCCUGUCACUGCUCCCGCCCAAUUUGAUGGAGCUGACGAUUGAGGACUGGUGGUGGCGGUAUGAGAAGUUGUACUUUGACAUGAAGAUGUGGAAGCCGAAAAAGAAGGUGGAGCAUUACACCCGGGAAAAGGCGUAUCGUCAGGCGGCGGUGGAGAUGCUGAUGAGGUUUGCAAAGUCGCUUGAUGUGACGACCAACCGGCUGAAGAAGGUGAUGCUGGUGUGCAAGAUUCCGUGGACGUGGGUGCUGGAGGGGGCGGUGGAGGCUGAUGAGCACUUUAUGGGGGUGAAGCUCGCGUUUGAGGAGAAGGGGGUGGUGUUUGAGGUGGAUUGUGACGAGGUCGAGGAGGAGGAGAAGCGGCCAAAGAGGGAUGUUCCGGUGUAUCAGCCUUGCCUGAGGCCUAACGCGCCAGAGUAUGAUGAGUAUGAUGAGUUUGACGAGUUUGAUGAGUAUCCGUAUGAUGAUUACCCGUACUAG